UUUAGCAUCCUUAGUAUUGUAUUAUGACUUUGUUAUAAUACAUCUGUUUAGCAGGAAAAUGCCUGGAUAAGUGUUCCUCUUGGAAUGUUCAACCUCGUUUUAGAAUCCUUACACCCCAUUCCUAAAUAAGUUUUCUCAGAUAUAGGUUCCAUUGAUUCCAUGGGACUUACUUCCAAGUAAACAUUUGGAUCCAAAAUAUUUUCAGAGUAGUAGAUAAGAAAAAAUGCAGUUCUUUUUCUAAUUUUGUUAGAAUUUGAGCACGCGGGAGAGUUGAAAAAUGGAACUAAUAGCCCAUCUACUAAAGGGCGCAACAUAUAUAUGUUGCUCCAUCUGUGUAUUAUGCUAAUACUUUACUGUAGAAAUUCAAACAGCAUGUUUUAAUAUAGGAAGCACUCAUUUGGCUCCCAUGUUUAGGUCUGUAGACCAUUCAUUCUAAGCCCUAGUAGGUCAGCCCAAAGGCCUGUCUAGUCUACAUCCUGUUUCCUACAGUAGCCAACCAGAUGCUUCUGGGAGUGUUAGGGCUGUUCAAAUGGACAGUACAUUAACUCAGUACAAAAUUCACAUGAACAGGGGCCAAUUUGUAACUUACUACUGUACUGUUUUUGCUUAUACCCAGGUAGACACUACCUCUCUAGUUUUGUUUUAAAUUUCUAGCAGUUCAGUAACUGAAGUAGAACUGAUCUAUGUGAUUUGGAAAUUCUGCAGGCUGACAAGUGAAUUCUGGAUAUGUGGACCUGAAAUUUAAGGUUUGUGGGAUAGAUUGGUAGAAAUGGUAAAAUGCGUAAGGGCUUCAGUUCAUAUUACAUGUGGUGAGAAGUCAAGGGGAUGCUUACCACUUUCUCUGCCUCUCUUUGCUACUUUAAAUGCACUUCACAAAGCUGGCUUUUCCUAGAAAAGAGCUUCAGCUAUUGGACAGUAUAGAAAUGAAAUAAUUAAAUAAAAAAAAUAGGAAAGUCAGCUGUUAUGCUUCUGUUAUGUGCUACAUAAACAAAUAGCCACAUGUUAUAUGUGGCUAAACAUAUAUUUCGUGAGUUGACCAGAAACAGUGGUCUUGUAUAUUGCUAUUUUAUAACUGAAAAUAAAAUGUGGAAAUACUACGCAUUUUUCUUCUCUUAUUAGGCUGUAAAAACAGAUUUCUCUGACUCAAGACAAAAUGAAUGGAUCAUCACUGCUGCUGCGAUUUCCUCUCCAUCGUUUUCAUAAGAAUAUUAGGAAACUGUCUUGGAACUGUUUCUCGUGGAGGUCCAGCCUUGGAUCUUUGUUUCCAUAUGACCAACAGGUUAAUUCACUGCAACUGUGUUGUUCAAAGAGGAUGAUAUUUUUAAAGGGCUUGAACACUGGCCUAUGUUGUCCAGCAACAUUAGAACAGCAGACACGGGAGCUGUCUGACAAGGAGCAAAGACUUCUACACAAACUGUACAGUGGACUAAUUCAAGGACACAGGGCCUGUUUAGCAGAAGCUAUUACUCUCAUAGAAUCCACACACAGCAGGAAGAAGGAGAUUGCACAGGUGCUUCUUCAGAAGGUACUAUCCUACCACAGAGAACAAGAACAGUUAAAUAAAGGAAAACCACUAGCCUUUAGAGUGGGCUCACUCUUGGGAGAUAAAACACGAAUGACCGACUUGUCAAGAGAUAUGAAUGCUUACAUCAGACCAUCUCCAACCAGAGGAACUCUGGGCGGUGUGACACGGACCACAAAUGAAGCCAUUCUGUUGUGUGAAGGAGGAGGCUAUGACAUCGUUCUUGUGGAAACAGUAGGUGUGGGCCAGUCAGAGUUUGCUGUUGCUGAUAUGGUUGAUAUGUUUGUAUUGCUGCUGCCACCAGCAGGAGGAGACGAAUUGCAGGGUAUCAAACGAGGUAUAAUUGAGAUGGCAGAUCUUGUUGCUGUAACCAAAGCUGAUGGGGAUCUCAUUGUGCCAGCACGAAGAAUUCAAGCAGAAUAUGUCAGUGCUCUGAAAUUACUCCGUAAGCGCUCAAAGGUUUGGAGACCAAAGGUAAUGCGGAUCUCUGCCAAAACUGGAGAAGGCAUCUCUGACAUAUGGGAUAAGAUGACAGAAUUCAGAGACCUCAUGUUUACAAGUGGUGAGUUGCUCGCCAAACGAAGGAGACAGCAAAAAGUGUGGAUGUGGAAUGUAAUCCAAGAAACCAUGCUGGACCAUUUCCGGAGUCAUUUGGCAGUGAGAGAUCAGAUUCCACUUCUGGAAGAAAAGGUUGCCAGUGGGAUCCUCUCUCCUGGUCUGGCUGCAGACCUGUUGCUCAAAGCUUUUAAAGAAAAACCUUAAAACUCAUCUGUAUGUGUUUAGCUGAUCAUAUAAAAUACAUGAAUAUUAAAAACAAUUGUCUAAGGCA